CUGACGGGCAAACAACGGGCCAGGUAAACAAGCGGACUAAAACUACAAAAUCCCACCCCAGCGCCAGAUAACGAUUGUGGCCAGUUCGUCGUCAGUAGCAGAUUAGACAGGGCAAUCGAAACCACCAGUAAAGGCAAACAGUGGAAUCGGCUGGAAAACAAAAUGAAGAACCUUGCAGAGCGUUCCGCUGGGUCACUUUACUGGUGGCUGCUGGCCACACUAUUCCUACCGAUAGCCAUUCCCGGUCUAGUGCUGAAGCUGCUGACGAUGAUGAAGGAACAACGGAACGCGCGCCAUUUAAACGGGAAGGUCGUUCUCAUUACUGGCGCUAGCUCCGGCUUGGGGGAAGCGUUAGCGCACAGCUUCUUUCUGGCCGGGUGCAAGGUAGUGCUGGCCGCCCGGCGUAAGGACGAGCUGGAACGGGUGCGAAAGGAUCUGCUUGAGCUGCAUGCGACCGUGCCGACCCAUCCGCCGAUUAUUUUGCCGCUCGACCUUUCCGAUCUGAACAGCAUCGGCGGCAAGGUGCAGAGCGUGCUGGAAAUACACGGCGCCAUCGACAUACUGGUCAACAACGGCGGUAUCAGUGUGCGGGGCGAUGCCCUCUCGACGGCAAUCGAUGUGGACAUACGGAUAAUGCUGGUCAACUACUUCGGCUCGGUCGCGCUCACGAAAGCUUGCCUACCGUCGAUGAUGGCACGCAAGGAGGGGCGCAUCGUGAGCAUUUCCAGCGUGCAGGGCAAGUUUGCCAUCCCGCACCGUUCCGCGUACAGUGCAUCGAAGCAUGCGAUGCAAGCGUUCUGCGACAGCUUGCGGGCCGAGGUGGCGAAGGAUAACAUCAAGGUGACGCUGAUAUCGCCCGGUUACAUCAAUACGGCGCUGUCGCUGAACGCGCUUACCGGGACCGGUGCAUCGUAUGGCAGUGAGUAUUGCAUUUUUUUCUGUUUUUAUUUGGGUUUAUGUAAGAAAAUUAAAAAAAAUGAUGUUGUAGAAAUGGACGCCGCAACGGCGGGAGGCGCAUCGCCCCAGGACACAGCGUCCAGCAUACUGAAGGCGAUCGCGCGGGACGAAAAGGAUAUUAUGCUGGCGCCGAUUGCUCCGCGCGCAGCCUACUGGUUGCGCCACCUGAUGCCUUCCGUUUACUUCUGGAUAAUGAAGAAGCGGGCGGAAAAACUAAACUUCACGUAAACAAACACCAAAGAACGACAAACCUACACAUUCUUUCUAGUUCCUUUCAUUUCAAUCGACAACGGGUGUGUGACCAUGGCAGGGCGCAUUAUAUGUUUUUUAUUGUUAGUUUACAAUUAUUGGUAGCUAUUUAAAACUAUACGUUUACCACCCCGAACCCCAUUCAACCUUUCCUCUCCUCCCAUCGUUAGCUUCUAGUGGAUGGGCAUUAAUUAUUUAAUAGUGAAGCAACAACACACACACACACUCGUUACCCGAUAUCAAAGAACGCAAGUCGCUAGAGUAGUACGCCACUUGACUAAUUAACCAACGGCAGGAAAAUGUAUAACGCCCCAAACAUAAAACCAAUAGCAGAGCAAUAGCUUGUUGUAUUUUUUUUUUUGCAAUUAUAAAAUCAAUUAAAGCGAUAAGGUCAUGUUUGUAUAUGAACAAAA